CAUUCUGCACACCGCUCGCACGCAGGCAGAUAGAUACGCAGACACCCUGAUCCAUCUCACACCUUCAGCCAGCAUCAGCUCAGAGAAAUGGCGCCGGUGAAGGUGUUCGGGCCAGCGAUGUCGACGAACGUCGCGCGGGUGCUGGUCUUCCUGGAGGAGGUGGGCGCCGAGUACGAGGUCGUCAACAUCGACUUCAAGGUCAUGGAGCACAAGAGCCCCGAGCACCUCGCUAGGAACCCGUUCGGCCAAAUCCCUGCUUUCCAGGACGGGGAUCUGCUUCUCUUCGAGUCACGCGCGAUCUCAAAGUAUGUCCUCCGCAAGUACAAGACGGACGAGGUUGACCUGCUGAGGGAGGGCAACCUAAAGGAGGCCGCGAUGGUGGACGUGUGGACGGAAGUGGAUGCGCACACCUACAACCCGGCCCUAUCCCCCAUCGUGUACCAGUGCCUCAUCAACCCAAUGAUGCGCGGCAUCCCCACCGAUGAGAAGGUUGUGGCCGAGAGCCUUGAGAAGCUCAAGAAGGUGCUGGAGGUCUACGAGGCGCGCUUGUCCCAGCACGAGUACCUCGCCGGGGACUUCGCCAGCUUCGCUGACCUCAACCACUUCCCCUACACCUUCUACUUCAUGGCGACGCCCCACGCGGUGCUAUUCGACUCGUACCCACACGUCAAGGCAUGGUGGGAGAGGAUCAUGGCCAGGCCGGCCAUCAAGAAGAUCAGCGCAAGCAUGGUUCCACCCAAGGCUUGAUCUGAAUGCAGGGAAGAUCGUUCUCGCGUUAUGAGAUGUGUAUGCAUGUAUGAUGUUCCUUUUUCCUGGUAUCACUACUCAGACAAUAAGCUUGUAUCUCUAGAAAUGCACCAGCGUGCAGUUUGGUGGUUGUGUAUUCCGUGGAACUCUUUUAUACUGAAAUCAUAUUUUGUGAUGCUCUCA